UUCCAUUGCACAAAAUAAAAAAGCUCAAAUAUUAGGAGAAAAAAUGAUAAAAAUGCGACCAUAUGUUCCAUCAGAUCGAAUUGCUAUUCGUGAUAGCAUCGAAGAAGACAUAAGUGAUGAAGUUGAAGACGACGUUUUUAUAAAGGAUGCUCGCACCGCCAAGAUCAGUGAAGAAAAAGGUCUGAAACGACCAUUGAUGGCACCACGUCGAAAAAAUGGUGGCAAACCGCACAGUUCACUCCCGCCUAUAAUGAAAAAACAUCGUAGAUGCUGGAAGUGCUGUAAACCCUUUUGUUAUGGCCUAGCUGCCUUGAGUAUUUUUAUUGGAUUUAUUAUGUUGGCCGCAUUUGUUCUCACAAUGUUUCCUGUUCCAUUGCAAAAAAUCAAAAUAUGGCUGAAAAAAGAACCAAAUUUUAGUUUGCCAUCUCCGGUUUUGUAUGGCGAUAGUAUGGGUACAGAAUUUGUACCUUGCACUCAAAUAAGUGUGCAUAAGAUAUGGAGUCGUACAUUCCCUCGUAUAAAUAGCGAAAGUCCCAUGAGAAAAGCCGACUUAAAUGGGGAUGAUAUAAAGGAUAUUAUAUUUGGCUAUGGAGUUGAUGAUAACAUUCAGUACGAUGAAAUAUCUUUACCAAAGUGUAAAUCGGUUCAACAAGGUGACAUAGAAGAUGUUCCUUGUGAAGGAGGAGUAAUAGCUCUCGAUGGUGCAAAUGGAAAUUUAUUAUGGCAAACCUGGAGUAUAGGAAACGUCUUCUCUUUAUAUUGUACCGUGGACAUCGAUAAGGACGGUUUCAUAGAUUGCAUAGCAUCUGGACGUUUAGGGAUGAUUUUUGCCAUAAAUGGUCGAAAUGGAAACAAAUUAUGGGAUUUCAAAGAAACACAAAUCGAAACGAAUUCUCCAGUUGUAAUUGACUUGUACACAAUUAAUUCAGUUCGUGAUUUAGAUGGCGAUGAGACACCAGAAGUUUUAGCUGUCCACGUAGAAGAACGAGCAACUUCCCGAUCCGGUCAUAUAAAACUUAUUUCCGGUAGAACUGGAAAAGUCAUCCGUGUCAUUCCAACGCCAUAUCGUGAAGAAGCUUUUGUUCCGAUACAAAUAGUAACCCAACAAGAUGGUACUGAAGUUUUAAUGAUAAUCACUGGCGGGCAAAAUACACCAGGAGGUGUUUAUUCUAUAAGACUUUUAAAUCUUAUGCAGUACACAAGUGAAAAAGAGUUUAUAUCGUUGUAUCGGACAAAUUCUUCAGGUUUUAUGGCUCCAGCAAUUUUGACAGAUCUAACGGGUGAUCUAAUAAAUGAUAUAAUUGUCUCAUCAUUCAAUUCGACAAUAUAUGCAUUUGAUGGAAAAACUUUUAAGAUGCUAUGGAACUUUACUUUCCCAGCUAGUGAAAGUGUAAGUGCAAUUGUUCCAGGACAUUUCAAUCAUGACAAUGUUACGGAUUUUAUGAUUAAAUAUAACACUGGACCGGGAUUUCCAGUUUAUUAUUAUUCACAAACUACUAUUUUGGAUGGAAUUACUGGAAAACCAUUGUUAGAUGCAAUGAUGACUGAUUCGGGAGGAGCUAGUAGUUUGCUUGGUGGAAUGUCGAUAUCACAGACAUUUGGUGGAGACUUCUUUCUUCACUGGCAGACUCAGUGCCGAAACAAAUACGGUGCAAAGGAUGCUUAUGAAUUUAUUCCAGGAAGCGAUAUAAUUUUGCAAGCUAGAGCAGAUACGUGCGUUCUGCGUUAUAAUGAAUCUACUGUUCUUAAGUUAUAUGCGAUUGCCCGUCAUAUAGAACCACCAGGGGCUGUAAUCUUCAGUACAGAUGAUUUGGAACUUAAACUUAAUCGAACACAAAGCUCUCAAACAAUCAAAAAAGACAAAUCUAAGUCGCCUCUCAAGCAUCCAAAAAUGUUAAACAAAUUAAUGAAAAACAAUGACCAGCCAUUUGUAGAAGGACAACAACUGAAACCUGAAGAAAAAUUAAUAAACAGCGCAACUGUUAUCAAACCAAUAUUAAACACCUUGAAACCACUAGAGGAUAAAGCGGAAUCUAUUCCAAUCUUUGGAAGCAGAAGAAAUUACCAAUAUUUACCGUAUCAGAGUAAUAAUCCAAGAGAUUUUAAAGACUAUGAAGCUGAUCCAUCUAGAAGUCAAGAAGAAUACCAAGAGGUUUAUGUUGAUGAGGGCAUACCUAAUGAUCGUCCUAUUCGAUUAAGAUCCAAAUAUCCUGGAAAUAGAGAUGUACGAAGUGAAUUUAUAAGCCUUGAAGUAUCACCAAACGAUACAGUUCCAAAUAUUGCUCAAAAUAGCCUCGAAAAAGAGGAACCACUAAGUCUGUGGGAUUUAGAAGUUGAAAAAGAGGAACAAGAUGUUUUGAAAGAAAGAAACAAAUACGAGUAUCCACCCAACAAUGAUAAUUCACAACGAAAGCAACGUGACGAUGAUAGCCAAAUAGAGAAGGAUGAUGAUGCUCAGUAUUUAGCUUCAAUAUCUUCAAGUGGUGUCCUUUUGAAAUCAUUAGAUAACUCACCAACUUCAAUAGAUUAUGCUUUUUUACUGAAUAUCAGAGAAUCGGAGACUUAUCCACCAUUAUUCCUACCUCAAGAUUGGAAUUGCAUGGAGGAAAAAAUCAGUGCUUAUCGAAGUUACACAGCAGAAAACUUAAGUGUUUUAGAAAAACAAUUUCUAAAACAAUGCUUGAGUGGCAGAAGUAUUAAUAGCCUUACACCAACUGUACCUAGAUAUGAGUCGCAAAUGGUAAUCUCACGGAUAACUUUAACGUGCACUUGUCGGUCUUUAGAAAAAGGUGAAGUUUGUUCAGAACUCGACGAUAUCAAAAGACAAAGAUGGACUGAAUUUAUGGGGAAUAAUGGUGAUGGGUCUUAUAAAAAUUAGUAAUAAAUUAUGAUUUUUUUUUCGAUCUAGCACAAAAAUAACCAAAAGACAAAAUUUGAAUUUUAAAUAAAGUUUAUUUUCAUAAAAAAAAAAAAACAAAAUAAGUAAAAUGUAAAAAU